CUUGGUGAAAGGUCUCCUGCCUCCCGCAGGGUUACAGGAUCCAGUAUGAGCGUGUCGUGCGUCGCCUGCAGACCCCGCGCCGUCGCCCUAGCGGACGUGCUGAGGAGCGCGCUGCUGUGCGCCGCGCUGGGGGCCCUGCGCGCCCAGCCUUUCCCCUGUCCCCCCGCCUGCACGUGCGUGUCCCGGGACGCCGCGCGGUGCUCCGGGAUCAACGUGGCGCGCGUCGCCGAGCUCGGCCUGCCCGUCAACCUCACGCACAUCCUGCUCUUCGGAAUGGGCCGCGGCCCCUUACAGAAGCACAGCUUCCGGGGCAUGACCGUCCUGCGGCGCCUGAUGCUGACGGACAGCCGCAUCUCCGCCGUGGCGCCCGGCACCUUCGACGACCUGAUCAAACUGAAAACCCUGCGGCUGUCUCGCAACGGGAUCACUCACCUUCCGGGCGCGCUCUUGGAUACGGUGGUGCUCCUGGAGCAGCUGUUUCUGGACGGCAACGAACUGACCGACAUUGACCCGAACCUGUUUCGGAAGCUGGUCAACCUGCGGGAGCUCUUUCUGAACCAAAAUCAACUCGCCUUCCUUCCUGCUCGCCUCUUCGCAAAUCUGGGGAGCCUGAAAGUGCUGGAUCUAUCGGGAAAUAAUUUGACCCACCUGCCCCAGGGGUUGCUCGGGACACAGGCCAAGCUGGAGAAGCUCGUGCUGCACUCGAACCGGCUCGUCUCUCUGGAUUCGGGGCUGCUGAGCAGCCUGCGUGCCCUGAAGGAGCUGCAGCUGGACAGAAACCACAUCCGCUCCAUCGCACCGGGCGCCUUCGACCGGCUCGGGAGCCUGAGCUCCUUGACUCUUUCCAGAAACCACCUGGCGUCGCUGCCCCCCGCACUCUUUCUGUAUACGCACAACGUGACGCUCCUGACCCUGUUCGAGAACCCGCUGGAGGAGCUCCCGGAGGUGCUCUUCGGGGAGCUGGCCGGCCUGCGCGAGCUGUGGCUGAACCGCACCCGCCUGCGCACCCUGCCCGCCGCCGCCUUCCGCACCCUGAGCGGCCUGCGGGCGUUCGGGGUGACCCUGAGCCCGCGCCUGAGCGCGCUGCCCGAGGACGCCUUCCGGGGCCUGCGCCAGCUGCAGCUGCUCGCCCUGCACGCCAACGGGCUGGCCGCGCUCCCCGGCGGCCUGCUGCGCGGCCUCGGCCGCCUGCGCCGCGUGUCGCUGCGCCACAACCGGCUGCGCGCCCUGCCCCGCGCGCUCUUCCGCCACCUCGGCAGCCUGGAGGCCGUGCAGCUCGAGCACAACCAGCUGGAGACCCUGCCCGGAGACGUGUUCGCGGAUCUGCCCCGGCUGGAGGAGGUCCAGCUGGCGCACAAUCCCUGGCGCUGCGACUGCGAUCUGGGGCCGUUCCGGGCGUGGCUGCGGCGGCACCCGGGCCUCGUGCGCGGAGCCGAGCCCCCGCGCUGCGGCGGCCCCGGGCCCCGCGCCGGCCUGCCGCUCUGGGCCCUGCCCGCCCCCGACCCGGAGUGCGCGGGCCCCCGCGGGCCCCCUCCCGGCCCCGCCCCCGGCCGCUCGGACCCCCGCGCCCGGGCGCGGUUCGCGAUCGACGGCGGGCGCCACGACCACGGCCUCUUCCGGGCUCUCUAUUUCCUGCUUUUGGCUGCUCAGGCCGUAAUAACGGGGGUCAUUGUGUUUGCUAUGAUUAAACUCGGGGCGCUCUUUCGAAAAUUCAUCAGAGAGCGCGAGCGAGCGAGAGCUUUUGCUUGAGUCCGCGGGACCACCGCG